GAGAGACCUGAAAAGUCGCACUUCUAUAAAGGCACGCGAUUUGAGAAGGGCUAAGGCGAUGACCGGAAACAAAUCAAUCAAGCAAUCUGCAGAAUUAUCCGAAAUAGAACUGCGGGUUAUUGGGAUAGUCGGCGCAGAAUAUAUUGAAGGAAAUAAAGAUUGUGCUGAAAAUAUUCCGGAAGAGGAGUCUUUACAAAACGAACUAAUCCGUGGAAAUUCGUUAGUAUUAACGAAUGCCCCACGAGUAAUAAACGUUUACAAUACUCUUCCACAAGAAAACUUGCAAGAAGACCCGCAAACUUCGAACGAAGAUAGAGUUAAUUUCUUGGAUACCGACAUCGACAUCGCUACGAUUGAUGAUGUUGUAUUUGAUGGAAAUGCAUCCGACAACGAGAACAUUCCCGUACAACAAAAUGUCGACAAAAUUGUUAAUGAGAGACAGGCGAAAAGAAAGUGUACUUUACGUGUACUUCCUGCUUCCAAGCCAUCGGAUCUACCGAGUACUAAUCGCAACAUCAGUUCAUCGGUCUUUUCGAGAAGAUCAAAUCGUGUAGGAAGAUCUGAGCAGUUUCAUUCGUCGAAGGAGCAGUUUGAAUGCAUUGCUCAGAAGCAAGCCGAUGCUAUGAUGAUGCUUGCCGAGGCCUCGAAAGCUCAUGCAGAAGCAGCUACAAUAAAUGCCCAUGCCAUGGCAGAAAUGGCCAAAGCUGCUACAAAAUUGGCAAAUAACGCAGAAGUACAGGCUGUGAACGAUGCGGAUAAAAUACGAGUAAUGGAGAAAGUAGUUCAAGUAUUGGAGAAUUUAUUGCCAAGCUAUAUUCAUUGAGACUGAGUAUAGAAACUAGAAGUAAGAUUUGACAGGAGUCAAAUCGGACAA